UUGUCUGUAAAGAUAGUUAUGUCUGUAUAGCCUUAAAGUCCUUCCAAGUUGUUAUAACAUUCACCGAAGAAGAAACUCAGCCCUUGAAAAGCUAUUUAAGUUGUGUUUGUAACGCUAGCUUGUUAAAGUGUCGCUGCUAUCAAUAGAAACAUAAUGUCAGUAAAAUCUGUGUUAUAAGGAGUGUGGGAUGGAUCGAUACAACGAGCUCAAGCUUCUGCUGAAAAACUGGGAGCAGGGAUUCGUCUCACAACAUCAGAGGAAACCGAACAAGGAGGAUAUUGAUCAAGCUUCAGACGACACAAGGAAACUAUACAAAGAGUACCGUGGUUUGAAACAAGCCAAAGAAAACCACAGCAGUGAUGCAUCUGGUCGACAUGCUGAACAGUCCACAUCUACAGCGAAGGUCAACACAGCCGAGAAGGAAACAGACUGUUGGGGCUCCCAUUUGAACCGAAGUACACUUCCUGCAUCUUCUCCCAAACUGACGACCCAGGACAGAGACAGCCUGAAGGCCUCCGCCCAAUACUAUGGUCUAAAGCUUAAAAGCAACCUGGCUACACUCGGCAAGGAGAGACCGAUCUCACUGAAGAAAUCAUCUGUUCCUGGUCGGGUACCUUUCAACUCCUUGAAAGAUGGAAGACCUGGAAGCACAAAUAGCCCUGUUGCUGCUGUCACUGCAAAAACAAAAACAGCUCCUGCAGUCCCUGAAUUUAACCCUUUCUCACCAAGAGGGGGACAGUUUUGCCGACAGCCCCCGGAUUCACCGACCCAACGUCCAGUGGAGCCUGAAGAUCGGUUUAAACCAUUUGAACCUUUUAAGGAGCCUUGUGAAGAGCUUUCAAGUGCUGCCAGUAGUUGCAGUAGCAAUAUUGAUAGCAAGAGUGGAACAUCUAAAGUUGUUAGUCCACAAAAUGGAAUCGUCUCCAGCGUCUCAUCUCCAGCCAGAUCUUCUGCUCUGUCGUUGUCGUUUUCUCCUCGUUGUAGUGUAAAAACUUCAACAGGAGAUGUUGUAACUACUGGACAUGUAAAUGAAGGUCUGGGAGCCGUAGAAGACAAAACAGAGAGUUUUGAAGCAGUACAAACUCCACAUAAGGGUUUUGGUCCUUUAAAUGGCUUGAGGGGAAGCCCACAGAUUCCCAGGGGUUUCAGAGGAGGGAUGGGAGGAAGGCCCUCUCCUGCCAGCAGAUUUGGUUCUGUCGAUAGAAAUUGGUUGGAGAGGUGUCAGGUGUUUGGAGAGAUGGGGGCCGACGAGAGGCCUGGGGCUGGCAACCAGGAGAUAAACCUGGAGACAAAAGGAGAGAAAGAAAGGGGAGGUGAAAUGGAAGGAAAGAAGCAAGGAGACGAAACAGUUGGCAAAGUGGAAAUAGAUGCAGCGGGAGAGAGACGAGAGGCAACAGACUCAGAAAGAGAUGGAGGGGUUAAAAGCGUUCCCGGUGACAACGGGGUUAGUGAAGGUGCACUGAAGAAGGCUCCGCAUCACGGUGAAAAAAUCAAAGGAGAAGGAAAACCGAAAAGGACAGGAAGUGAACAGAUUGAAGGAGGAGUGACGGCACCUUUGACACCAGAGGACGACCGUGCGAGUGGUCACGAGUCUAAAGUCACAAAGAAGAGAGGGAGAAAAAGGCAGCGAGAGGGUGAGGACAUUGAGGGAGAGACUACAGAGGAGGGAGGAGUGAAGAAGAGGCGCAAGAAUGGCAAAAAGAAAGAGGAAGGCUCUGAUGUACCAGCACCAGAAGGAGGGAAGAAAAAGAGAGGUAAGAAGAAGAAAGAUGAGGAGGAAGAGACGGAGAAAGAGAAAACAACCAGUGUACCAAAAAAGGCUCCUCAGGAGAACUUGGUAGGAGAAAUGCUGGAUGAAUAUGAGGCCAAGAAGAUGUAUCACAAUCGGCCUGUCAAAGCAAAAAGCACCAAAGUGCCAGAGGGAAACUUUGUGAAGAUUAACCUGAAGAAGAAAUCUCAUGUCAAAGGAUACGCUCUCAGAGGUCUGGGUCUACGUAAACAGCUGUACAUACAGAAGUUCCAGCUGAAAGGCGAGCGUUUUGGUGGAGGUGGUGGAUUCUUUGGGAGAGGAGGGCGAGGUGGAUUCAGAGGCGGCUUCAGAGGCGGCUUCAAUCGUCAAGGUGACACCUGUUACAAGUGUGGAGGGACCGGACACUGGGCCAUGGACUGCAAGGGACCAGCCCCUCCCCCUCCUGUUUCCGAGGACACGCCGGCUGAAGAGGAGCCGUUCGAGCUGCCUACGCUGGAGGAGGUUGCUAGGGCAACAGGGACGCUGCAACCUCAGCCACUGGCUGCAUCUUCAAAUGUCAAAGAGGAGCAGCAGUGCCCAGAAAAAGAAGGUGACGGUGACCCAAAGGACGAGGUCCUGCUGAAUGUGAUUCGCCCCGACUACGAGCGCCCGGCUGCUCCACCACCAGUGGAACCUCUCUAUCAGCUCGGAGAGGACGGAAAAGUCCAGGAAACACCUGCUGAGGUGCACGCAGCUCUGAAGGAACUUGGGUAUGGGUCCUUUAGGGCAGGACAAGAGGAAGCCAUCAUGAGAAUCCUGUCUGGUCUCUCUACCCUCGUUGUCUUGUCUACAGGGAUGGGUAAAUCCUUGUGUUAUCAGCUCCCGGCCUACAUGUACGCUCAGCGAUCACAGAGCAUCACUUUGGUCAUCUCACCGCUGGUCUCACUCAUGGAUGACCAGCUGUCUGGCCUGCCAGGCAAUCUGAAGGCAGCCUGUAUCCACUCCAACAUGACCAUGAAGCAGAGAGAAGCUGCGAUUGAAAAGGUGAAGUCAGGCCAGGUGUGUGUGUUGCUCCUCUCUCCGGAGGCUCUGGUUGGUGGAGGCGGUUCGGGUUCAGGAUGUCUGCCCUCAGCUCAGGAGCUCCCCCCUGUGGCCUUCGCCUGCAUAGACGAGGCUCAUUGUGUCUCAGAGUGGUCUCACAACUUCAGACCCUGCUACCUACGACUCUGUAAGGUGCUGAGGGAGCGUCUGGGAGUGAAGUGCUUGCUGGGACUCACUGCCACAGCCACCAUGUCCACUGCUCUGGACAUUGCACGUCAUCUCGACAUCACAGAUCGCGAGGGCAUCGCAGUCCGAUCUGCAGCUGUGCCUCCUAACCUCUGUCUGUCCGUGUCCAUGGACAGAGAAAAAGAUCAGGCUUUAGUUUCCUUGUUGAAAGGGGAUCGCUUUGGUUGUCUGGACUCCAUCAUUGUCUACUGCACCAGACGAGAGGAGACCACCCGUGUGUCUGCGCUGCUCAGGACCUGCCUGCAGGGGGUGCUGUUAAAAGAAAACAAAUUCAGAAACAGCAACAGCAGUCAGGCACAAGAUAACCCUGUAGCACAGAAAAAGAAAGAUCUGGCAAGAAAGAAGAUCCGGAAACCCUUGAAAUGGCAGGCGGAGUCGUACCACGCGGGCUUGUCGGCAUCUGAGCGCCGUCGCGUGCAGAACAAUUUCAUGUGCGGCGAGCUCAGGCUCGUGGUGGCCACGGUGGCGUUCGGAAUGGGCCUCGAUAAAUCGGACGUCCGUGGUAUCGUCCACUACAACAUGCCAAAGAGCUUUGAAAGCUAUGUUCAGGAGAUUGGAAGGGCAGGAAGAGAUGGAGAACCAGCACACUGUCACCUCUUUCUGAAUCCGGAGGGGGGAGACCUCCACGAGCUGCGUCGUCAUAUCUAUGCAGACACAGUGGACUACUAUACAGUCAAGAAACUGGUCCAGAAAGUCUUCCCUCCAUGCAAAUGUAAACAGAUACACCAGAGACAGCAGGCGCUCGUCAGGGACAUCGAGGACUCGGAGCUGCUGGAACUGAUGGAUGUGUGUGAUCAGGAGGGCAGCAUCAACCCUCCCACUCAGCAGACGUCAGCACUGCCUGCUGCACAGGAGAUGCCACAUCCUGAAACAACAGAGAAUGGAGCUGAAGGACAGAAUGAGGAGAAAGAAGAAGAGGCUGUUAAACACCAAGAAGCUGAUGGUUCCAUUAAGGAUGUUGAGGUGAAAGGGGGCGAGGAUUUGCUGAAGGAGCAGGAAGAAGAAGGCAGCGAUUGGCCAUCAGAGCGAGUAUGCCACACGCAUGAGAGAGCGAUACCCAUCGAUGAAACAGUCGAAGCUCUGGACAUCACAGAGGAAGGUGUAGAAACUCUGCUCUGCUACCUGGAGCUUCAUCCCCAGCGCUUCGUUGAACUCCUCCACCCCACACUGUCUGUGUGUAAAAUCAGCUGUUACGGGGGACCAAAGCAGCUCCAGAGAAUCACCAAAUUUUGCCCUCCGGUUGCUGUGGUGUUGGCCAGAAUGCGGAUGGCAGGCGAGCGAGUGGAGUCCUGUGAUCAGCUGGAGUUUGAUGUGGUGGAGGUUUCUGACACGAUGGGCUGGCAGCUCUCUCUGGUGAAAAGAGGACUCAGGCAGCUGCAGUGGAGCACUGGCAAAGCCGGUGGACGUAGCGGUGUCCAAGUGGAGUUCUCCUCCAUCUCUUUCUACUUCCGUUCCUAUGGCGACCUCGGGGAUGAUGAGAUGGACAAAGUCUGUCAGUUUCUACACGAUCGAGUUCAGAACCAAGAGAGGACUCAGCUCUACCAGCUGUCUACCAGCUUCAACGCCUUUAAGAGUGUUGCAUACCACAGCGUAUCGUCCUGCAUUGAUGAUCUAGAAGAGAGCCGCAGCGUGGACCUGAAGAAACUUCUCUCUGAAUACUUUGAAAAGAGGCGAGAGCGAGGCCAGGCGCUCGCACCGGUGGACACCGGGGAGCUGGACAAAUACAAAUUGUUGGACUGGGAGAAUCAGAUCAGAGCCGACAUCAGAAGUUUUCUUUCCCACCGAAGUGAUGAGAAGUUCUCGGGAAGAGCUGUCGCCCGAAUCCUGCACGGGAUAAGCAGUCCCUGUUUUCCUGCUCAAGUUUACGGCAGAGAUAGACGCUACUGGAGGAAGUACAUCCAGUUUGACUUCAACCAGAUAAUCAGACUCGCCACCCAGGAGAUCAUCCGCUUUAAGUGACCCUCCCAACAUGCACAUGAGCACACAGCAGCAUGCACAUACACAGGUCGGCACACAAACACACAUGUGACUUACUCACAUUCCUGAGGUGUGCCUUUUAGCCAAAAACACCUGGUUUGUUUUUUAAUCACUUUUCUCAAGUCAGCUGAUUUAUUCUGAGGUGAUUUCUACAUAGCUGUGUUAUAUUUAAAAUAUUUUUUGUACACUAAUUAAAUAAAUGAUCUCUAUUUUUCUAA